GGAUCCUAAACCUUAAUUAAACAACCUCCACAACUCAACCUAAGAGUCCAAGGUGGUUAGAAAAACUCUUUCUCAAUUAUAGGUUUUUUAGAACCCACAAAAGGUUCUUAAAACCUUUGGAAUCUAACCCACCAAACCAUUUCAAUAUUCCAAAGACCUCAUCAACAGUGAGUUUUCGUGCUUUUCGCCCAAGAGAAACCAGAAAAAAUACAUGAAAAUAUAUGGAAAAAAUGGAAGUUUUAUUAUUUUGUUGGCGAUUUUGAUGCGAUUUUGUGGGAAAACUGAGGGUGCAACAGUGACAUGUGAACUAGAAUACGGGUUCUUGCCGUGCACAAGUGGUGUUUGGGGAAGACUUUUCUUGAUUGUGGUUUAUCAAUACUUGAUGUCUAUAGGUCAAAGUUAUAUAUCAAAGGGGUCGAAUAAAUUCUUCAGCCUUAUCGGACCGGGUAUAUUUGGAGCCAGUUUGUUCCAUAUUCUUGCAAACUUCCCUACCCUUUUCAUUGUCCUUGAAUCACAAUUAUCGAGCGACGACAUAGGUGCAUCUAUUAGUGCUGCAAUGGGAAUGAGUGUCCUAGCAGGAUCAGCAGUCAUGAGCCUAACACUGAUUUGGCCUUCUGUAAUAGCUUUCGGAAGCUAUGAUCUUGCACAUGAUAAUGCCAAUGCUAAUUUACCACAACUUUCGGAAGAAGAACCAUCAUUUCUAACGAAGUUAACAGUUUAUGGUGUUACAACCGAUAGUGAGACAAGCUACACUGCGAGACUCAUGCUUGUGUCAAUGAUACCGUUUCUAAUUCUUCAACUCCCAAAAAUCAUCAAUUCGACGUCAGUAACUCGGGUGAUAGUUUUAAUCGCUCUCAUCAUGACAUUGAGUUUCUUCAUUGCUUCCAGUGUGUAUCAGAUCUUUCAACCAUGGAUCCAAAACAGAAGAUACGACUAUGUGAGACAAAAAUUUGUGAAGAACACAUUAUUGAAACUACUCUCUGUAAACGAAAAGGCAAACGUGCAACUUAUUAAAUACCUUUACAAGAAACUUGACAGUAACAACGAUGGUAAAGUGACUAGUGCUGAGGUGAAAACUUUACUUGUAGGAAUUCAAAUGCAAGCAGAUGGUGAACGAAGCGAAGAUCUGGUAGACAAUAUUAUCGGUCAACUUGACAUUACAGGAGAUGGAUCUAUUGAGGAGGAUGAGUUUGUUAAUGUACUCACAAAAUGGCUACAUGAUGCAAGAAAAUCACUCUCUAGAAAUGAUUAUAACCCUCUUAGUUUCUUCACCAAACAUCAAGCGAAUGGAGAUGAAGAACAAGAGAUUUUGAUACCUAAGAAGACAAAUGUUGAUGAUCAAAGUUCAAUUUGGGACUACUUGGAGGCUUUCGCUUUGGUACUCGUUGGGAUUGUUAUGACGGUUCUCAUUGCACAAUCACUCAUAACGAAUGUCGUGAAUUUUGCUAAUGACGCAAACAUCCCUUCCUUCUUCAUCCCGUACUUUGUAAUACCGUGUGCCAUAAACACACCACGUCUAUUAUCAAUGAUUACCUCAGCAAGACAAAAGACUCAGCGUGCCGCAUCUUUAACUCUUUCUCGGAUCUAUUCAGGAUUGUUUAUGAGUAACAUGAGUAACUUGUCAACAUUUCUUUUAACGGUGUAUAUAAAGGACAUUCCAUGGGAUGUAGCUGCGGAGGUUCUAGUUGUGUUGGUGAUCUGUGUAGUAAUGGGAAUUUUCACAAGUACAAGGACAAUUUUCCCACUUUGGACCGCUUUUGUGGGUUAUCUGUUUUACCCUAUUGCGAUACUCAUGUUGUAUCUUCUUACCGUCGUUUGGGGUUGGUCAUAAGCUAGAUCAAUUAUAUAUGUUGCAUUUAACUUUUGAUUCUGUCUCAUUGUACUUAAUAUAUAUCCUGGUAUUUACAAAUUA